UCUCUGCUUUUUCCUGGCCUUAAUUUAUCUUGCUAAUUGCUCUCUUUUCCCCUUAUCUCUAUCAAAGAUGGCAUCUUCAAGUAUCAAUGAAAGUAUUAUCUUGGAAGAAGUUAUGACUACUCAUGAUCCGAACAGCAAAGAUUUUAAAACAAAUAUUAUCUUCAAUUUUGUGAAGAACAUUCUCUAUUCUACCAUGAUUAGAGAUAGCAUUGAUGAAGAUGAGGAGUCUGAUAAGGAAGACUCUAAUGGUGACAAGUUUGAUAAGGAAGACUCUAAUGAUGGUAAAGAGUUUGAGUCCAAUAACCACAAGGUGUUAGAUGAGGAGUACACUGACAUGGAACUUCCCAAUCAAUUAAAGCAUAUUUCCUUUGAGAUAUUAUUGAAGUCUUCAUCAUCAAGUGAUGUGAAUCCACACUCAAUUGUUAUUUAUUUUCUAAGAAUGUUGUCCACAUAUUCCUGGGAAGCCAAGCUUCUGAUGAUGCUGGCGGCUUUCUCCCUCAACUUUGGAGAAUUUAACCUUGUUCAGGGUCACAAGAGAUUGGCCGGCAAAUUGACAAUUCUUAAGGAAAAUGAAAGUCUACAAGUUGUGCCUUCGCAUAUGCAGAAAAUGGUUACUCAUUUUGUCAAAUCAAUCUUACAUCUUACUGAGUGGAUUGUCGAGCUUACACAAUCAUCCUCUUAUAAUUCAGCACCAAUCAUACCUAUUGCAUGUUAUUGGAUAUUCACGAAUAUCCUUGCUUAUGCAUCCUAUUUCACUUGCCUUCCAACGACAGUGGAUUCAAAGUGGCUUAUCGUUGAAGGAACACAACUUUCUGAUUUAACUGGAAAAAUAAAAAAUAUAAUCUCCGAUUGUCGUCCAAUACUUGAGAAGAAGAGAGAAGAGGAUUGUUACAAAGCAUUGUGUUAUGCAUUCUCUUAUGAUGAGAAUCCGAUCCCUUCCACUAAUAAUUUGGAUGUUCUCAAAUUAUUAUUCAAUGGUGGCAAAAAGGAACUGAUAUAUGAUUUCUACCAUGAAAAAGUGGUAGGACGCCAUUUGUUGAAGAACAAGAGCUUGCUAUUAUUAAUAUCGUCAAGCCUUGACAUUGACAGUUAUUUGUUAAAUCUAUUUGAAAUGUUCCAAUGGAGAACUAAAUUACGUGUGCUCUGGAUUCCGAUAUUGGAUUAUCCUGCAUCAUGGGGAGCUACUAAAAAUAUGGAAAAUCAGUAUAGAGAUUUAGCGAGUAGAGGAGAAUUACUAGCCGUGGAAAAUGUAGAGGAAUCAGUAACACCGGGAUUUAUAAGAUUUGUUAAAGAGAAAUUAUUGUUCCAAAUAGGGGGUGAGCCUAUCAUUGUUUCGUUGGACCAGCAUGGAAGGAUUGUUCACCAUAACGCAAUGCACAUGAUAUUGAUGAGAGCUUUUGAUAUUCAAAAAGGGAUAAGAACUGGAGUUGAGAUUGGAGAUAGUAUAAUUCCUUUUUUGUUACAGAAUGUGUUGAAUGAUAGGACGUUGGCAAUCAGGAGUUUGGUGUCUGAUAUUGAUGAGAAGUUAGAAGAAAUCGCUGGUAACAUGGAAAGAGUAAUGAUUGAGGGGUUAGAUGAGAUGCAGGAGCAAAUAAAAAAUCCGGUUCACCGCAACAUUUACACAAUUGAAAAGGAAAAAGAUUUAUGGAAGAUAGAAACUUGGUGCACUCAGCUUUUGUUAGGUGUGGCUGCUGAAACAAUUACCCAAUGGGUCGAUGAGAAUAAGUGCAUUUUUUUUAUUGGAGGGAAUGACUUAAAAUGGGUUGAAGCAUUCAUUUCAAAGGUAAAGGCAGUAGUUUCUUUAAACCCACAACUGACAACUAUGACAUGUUACAUUGGUAGCAAUGUGAAAGUUGCGUCAGUGAAUGUUCGAGAAAAACUUUGUGAUGAAGGACCGGAUGGAGCUUUUGAGUCAUGGUUUAUCUGGGCACGUCUUCGAAGCACAUUCUUAUCAAGGAUAAAAUUUUUGGAUCAAACCUAUUGUGAUGGAGAAGAUGAUGAAAUUGUGGAAGGAUUGAAAAAGAUACUAGCCUAUGAAGCUAAAGAUUUAGCAGUUGAUGGAUGGGCUAUGCUAUGCAAAGGGAACAAGAUAGUUGUAUGUGAUCUAGGAGAUAAAAUGUUGACAGUCAUGAAUGAAUAUGAGAAAUGGAAGGAGAAUGUAAUAGCCAAAGGUUUUGAUCAAGCGUUCAAAGAUCACCAUGAGAUGCUUAGCCGUUCUAUUUAUGCUUCAAAACAUCAUCCUUGUUGUGCUCUUGACUACCCCUGUAAUUUUGACAAGGUUUCAGAGAUUAAAAAGUGUCCCCAGUGUUGUCACAAUAUGCAAAAAUUUGUCACUUUUAGGUGCCACCAUGGCAUAGUUGAUGAUAGGGAUUUUGAGGAUUAUUUCAAUUAGGUAUGUAUAUGAAAGUAAUUAACGUUGUACAUUCAAUUCAAUUUCUUAAAAUAUGUUAUGUUGA